GUAACUCAAUGGUAAUAAAACCUUCCGGGCCUGAACCGGUUAAAAUGAAACUAUACAGUUUAGUUUCUUUAGUAAUUUUACUUACGGGUUCAAAUGCAGUCGAGAAUGAAUGCCCCAUUACCCAGGAGAAUCCGACAAGACCAUGCCCGAAAAACACUAUUAAAUGUGUGAAGAAAUAUUUCCACACUAGAGCCGACUGCCUCUCAUAUAUCUGUCCUGUGAAUAGUAACACAAUUCAGUUGGAGAACUUUAAGAACUACGAACCUUCUGUCAAUGCGACGAUCGUUCAGAAUGCAACCUUGACUGGCGUAGGCUCAGGGACAAUUUAUGAUUUCAUAAUUGAUAAAACCAUAAACAUAGCGGUUCUAUCCAUAGAAUACACGAACAUAAAGGUAAUAGGGACCUCAGAUUUCAUUCAUUACAAGACUGCUAGAGAGCCCAAGACAGUGAGAAUAGAUACAACUGAAAAUUAUCGAAAAGUGAUAAUAACAACCUACUUCUAUGACACUGAAGACCUGAACUUGGAAGACAGUUACAGUGUGGCGAACCUCACGCUUCCGGAGUUCACGCUGGGACCUUGUCUCACUCAGAGCACAGACCCGGAAACUGUGGAAUUUUUCGGGGCUUUUCUUGCCAACAUUAAUGCGGUAGCACAAGAGGCGUACCAGACUCGCGCCCCUCUCAUACAGAAGUAUUUCAUCUCAAAACAUAUAUGUAAUUAUGUAAAAUAGUAAAAAGUAAGUAGUG